AUGACCGUGGGAAGUUCUCUGGUGAACAAAAGGGCAUUUGUCGCCAGUCUGGCAUUGAUGCUGCUGGCGGUCCUGUGCAUCUGCAGCUACCUGCCUCACCAUCCACAUCGCCUCUUAGUGCCGCUGCCACGCCACACCCCGACGUUCUUUCACAAGUACAAUGUGAGCUGCUCUGCCGUGUACGACCUGGACCCGGUGGAGCUGGAGAAGUCGCUGGUGAUCAGAAGUAAGGACACGAUGGACCCGGAUGAAACGCUGCACAACCUCACGGCCGACUGCUCGCACUUCCUUCAGGUCAGAGGCUACAAAGACGUGUGCGCCACCGAGAAGGAGAGACACUUCCACCUGGCGUACUCGCUGGUGGUGCACAAGUAUGCCUGGAUGGUGGAGCGGCUGAUCAGGGCGCUGUACUCGCCGAGUAACGUCUUCUGCAUUCACUACGACCAAAAGUCCCCCGCUGUGUUUAGGUCGGCGAUGGAAGGCAUAGCUCGCUGCUUGCCCAACGUCUUCAUCGCCUCCAAGCGCGAGUACGUCAUUUACGCCGGCUUCACUCGCCUGAAAGCCGAUAUCAACUGCCUGUCCGACCUCCUGGAGGUGGACGUCCCCUGGAAGUACGUCAUCAACCUCUGUGGGCAGGACUUCCCCCUGAAGACUAACAUAGAGCUGGUGUCGGAGUUGGCCGGCCUGAACGGCGCCAACAUGCUGGACACGUUCCGACCCAACAAGCGCAAGACGCGGAGGUUCUCCUUGCACUUCGAGCAGAAGGACUGGAUGUCGCCACAGAGAACGAACCUGACCAAGAGCGCCCCGCCUCACGGCAUCGAGAUGUUUACUGGCAGCGCCUACUUCGUGCUCUCACGUGACUUUAUUGUCUACAUGAACGCCUCCGUCGUGGUCAAAGACUUUCUGGCCUGGUCAGAGGACACGUACUCGCCCGAUGAACACUUCUGGGCCACGCUGGUGAGAAUGCCAGGCAUACCGGGCGAGGUGCCCAGGAGCGAGCCGGACAUCACCGGCCUAAUGAGCAAGACCCGUAUGGUCAAGUGGGACUUCGAGGAGAAGAGGAUCUACCCGCCCUGCACGGGGAAACACGUUCGCAACGUUUGCAUCUUCGGCGCGGCCGAAGUGCGCUGGUUACUGGAGACCGGCCAUUGGUUCGCCAACAAGUUUGACCCCCAAGUGGACCCGGUGGCCUACCAGUGCCUGGAGGAAAUACUGCAGAAGAGACAAAGGUUCUUACAAUCAAAAGAAACGUCCACUUGUGACUAA